GGAGGCUAGGACCAGCCCCGAAGGGCUAAUUCACCUGGGCUGAGGUCCCAAGGCGAAGACAGGAAAUUGGGAGUGACUAGCCCAGUCCUGGUUUAGCUGUUCACAGCUCUUGAGAGGAACUAAGGGUUUUUCCAGGAAACGAAAGCGAAAGAGGCAAAGUUAACAGCCCGGAGUUGGGGCAGGCUCAGCAGUCUGGCAGGCGGACGAGCGCAGCUGAACAUGGCUGAGUCCGGCUCCUUCCCGCUGCUGGUCGAGGGGUCUUGGGGCCCCGAACCCCCGAAGAACUUGAGCACCAAGUUGCAGAUGUACUUCCAGAGCUCAAAGAGAUCCGGCGGCGGGGAGUGUGAGGUCCGGCAGGACCCCGGGAGCCCGUCCCGCUUCCUGGUGCUCUUCCACCCGGAGGACGUUCGGCAGAGAGUUCUGGAGAGAAAGAACCACGAGUUAAUAUGGCCAGGAAAAGGAACUUUCAAGUUGACUCUCCAGUUGCCCAGAGCCUCAGAUAAAGUCCAUGAUGGUGUAGAAGAGAAAAAUUUGACUGAGGAAUCCAAAGUUAAAGAAGAUGUCAAAAAACCAGAUGUGUCCCUUUACCCCUUGUAUACAGAAGUCUCCCUCAAUGAAGGAUCAGAAAAAAUGGAAGAUACAUCAAAAGAAUGUGAAAAUAUUCCGCCUUUGGUGGCAUUUGAAAAUCUCAAGGCAAAUGUGACUGACACAAUGUUAAUCUUGUUGGUGGAGAACAUAAGUGGCCUGUCCAACGAUGAGUUUGAUGUGGAAGUAAUACCAGAUUCUGAUGUCGCGGUAGUUACUUUUAAAAAACAUAUAGAUAUUGUUAAAUUUGUUGAGGAUUGUGUCCAGCACCGCUCAACUAAACAACUCCAGCUUUCUCCAAGACUUCUGGAAGUGACAAAAACAAUCUGGGUUGAAAACCUGCCUCCUGGUGCUGAUGAAUACAGUUUACAACUUUUCUUUGAAAAUCCUUCCCAUGGAGGGGGAAGAGUUGCCAGUGUUAAAUGUUUUCCCAAGGAGAGUUCAGCUCUAAUAGAAUUUUUUGACUGUAAAGCGUUAGACACCAUCAUGGCUAAGAAACUUGACUUCAACAAGAUGCCACUUUCUGUGUUCCCAUACUAUGCCUCAUUGGGCACAGCCUUGUACGGAAAAGAGAAGCCUCUGAUCAAGCUUCCCGCACCAUUUGAAGAAUCACUGGAUCUUCCCUUAUGGAAGUUCUUACAGAAAAAGAAUCAGCUGAUUGAUGAGAUAAAUGAGGAGAUGAGUCACUGCCACUGUGAGCUAACCUGGUCCCAACUCAGUGGUAAAGUAACCAUCAGACCAGCAGCCACCUUAGUCAACCAAGGAAGACUGAGGAUCAAGACCUGGCAGGAAGAUACUUCCAUGGCACUUUCUGGCAUCAGAUCUAAGUAUAAAGUCACAUCACUUAAAGUGGAGCCAAUAGUGUGGGACAUUAUAAGAAAUGACUCAGAAGAUGAUAGAAUUUUGAUUGAGUUUGAUACCCUGAAGGAGAUGGUAACCUUGGCAGGGAAAUCAGAGGAUGUCCAAGAAGUUGAGCAUCAAAUGAAGGAGUUAAUAGAAAGCACCACACAAAAAAUUAAAAAGGAAGAGCAGAGUGUGAAGGAGAAAGUGGCCAUGUCUCCAAGCAAGUAUGUUCUUUUGAGCCACAGUGGUGUACUGGACCAUCUGUGCUCGGAGUGCCCAGACGUGGAGAUCAGUUAUGAUGCUGUCACUCAAUACAUGUCUGUGAAAGGACUCCGCGCAGAUGUGUAUAAAGUCAAGUGUGAAAUCCAGGAAAAGGUGUACACCAUGGCUCAGAGGAACAUUCCUGUUUCUCCUGAGGUUUUCCAGUUUUUACAGCAGGUAGACUGUAAAGAAUUCUCUCAGCAUCUUUUCAUAGCACAGAAAAUUCUUGGGAUUUAUGAGUUAAAGGGUACAACUGUUCUGUUAACCGGCUGUUCUUCUGAAGUCCUUUUAGAAGCUGAAAAACAAAUGCUCAGCGCCUUAACUUAUAAGCGCAUUGAAAUUGAGAAUAAUGAAGUUCUUAAUGGCAAGAAAUGGAAAGAGCUCACUUGCAAUUUGCGCAGGAAACAUAACUCCUCCUCCAGCACUGUUGUAAUCCAGGAGUCAAGUUCAAAGACCCCAGCAGAGGUCAUCAUUGCAGGCUGUGUGAGAGAAGUUGAUGAAGUCUAUACAUUGCUUGUUGACUUUUUGGAAAAGCACAUGAAAAUAGAGAGAUUUAUUGAAGUAAAGUCUUCCUUAGUUAUUAGCUACUUAAAGGCAGAAAAGAAGCUGUCCUUGCCAAAGCUGAAGAAGACAAAUGUGCAGGUAGUUUUCAGUCCUGAGAACAGAAAGGGCAUUUUACUGGUUGGCCCCAAGAGCGAAGUACUGGAGAGAAUGAAGGACAUCCUGCAAGUCCGGGAUUCGGUCUGUGUUAGGAGUGUGUGUAUCGAUAAGCCCGGAGCCAGGCAGUUCUUCCAGGAAAAAGCCCGGUUUUAUAAAAGUGAGGCCAGAAAGUUGUUUGGUUGUUUCAUCGAGCUGCAGGAGGAUGAGGUGCCGCAGUGCCUCUCUCGGAGGGACUUGGCCCCUGGGGUGGAGCUGAUCGUGCAGCAGGGCGACUUAACUCGGCUCUCCGUGGACGUGGUGGUGAAUGCCGCUAACGAGGAACUCCAGCAUUCUGCUGGCCUUGGGGCAGCGCUCUUAAAAGCAGCUGGCCCUGAGCUCCAGGCCGAAUGUGACCAGAUAGUGAAGAGAGGUGGCAGGAUCCCGCCUGGCAAUGCCGUCAUCUCCAAAGCAGGAAAGCUCCCAUAUCGCCAUGUGAUCCACGCAGUGGGGCCCCGGUGGGACAGCAGCCAGGCCUCAUGGUGCGUGCACAUGUUAAGGAGAGUUGUGGGAAUAAGUCUCGAUUUAGCUGAGAAACACAAGUGCCGAUCCAUAGCCAUCCCAGCUAUCAGUUCUGGAAGGCUCAGCUUUCCUGUACACCAGUGUGUGGAGAGCAUUGUUUUGGAGGUCAAGGAAAACUUCCAGUACAGGCAGGGUAGACGCUGUUUGAAAGAGAUUUACCUUGUGGAUGCAUCUAAGGAGACUACUGAGGCCUUUGCUGAAGCUGUGAAAACUGUGUUUAAGGACACCUUGCCUGAUACAGCUGCAGGGGAAGCAUCACAGAAACCACCCAGCACUCUCAUGUCCCCGGGAGGCCUGCGGAUGCUGUUGGUGAAAGGAAGUGUGCAGAAUGCUAAGACCGAUGUUAUUGUCAACUCUGUUCCUUCGGAUCUUGUACUUGCUAGAGGGCCCCUUUCUAAGGCCCUCUUGGACAAGGCUGGCCCGGAGCUCCAGAAGGAAUUGGACGCAGCUGCACAAGGGGGAGCCGUCAGAGUGGGUACAGUUCUCCAAACCAGUGGCUGCAAUCUGCACUGCCACCACGUGCUUCACGUCGUAGCUCCAGAGUGGAGAGGUGACAACACAUCUUCACAAAAGAUUAUGGAAGACAUAGUCAGAGAAUGUUUGGAGAUCACUGAGAGCUUGUCCUUAAAAUCCAUUACAUUUCCAGCUAUAGGAACGGGAAAUUUGGGAUUUCCCAAAAACGUAUUUGCUGAAUUAAUCAUUUCAGAAGUGUUCAAAUUUAGUAGCAAGAGUCAACCAACAACUUUACAAGAGGUUCACUUUCUACUGCACUGGAGUGAUCAUGAAAAUAUUCAGGCAUUUGCAGAUGAAUUUGCCAGGAGAGGCAAUGGAAAUCUCAUCAGUGAUAAAACUCCCAAGGCUGGCAAUACACAAGGUAUUUUUGGGACUGUUUCUAGCCCUAUUUCAGGAGUGCAUGAAAUGAUGAUUGGGCCCAUCGUCUAUCAGGUGGCUACUGGGGAUAUCAUCACAGAGGAUUCAGAUGUGAUUGUAAAUUCAACAUCAAACACAUUUAAUCUCAAAGCAGGGGUCUCCAAAGCAAUUUUAGAAUCUGCUGGGCAAAAUGUGGAAGUGGAAUGUGCUCAACAAGCUCAACAGGGCAAACGUGAUUACAUAAUUACUGGAGGCGGAUCACUGAAGUGCAAGAAUAUCAUUCAUGUUGUUGGUGGAAAUGAUGUCAAGAAAUCAGUUUCGCAUGUUUUGCAGGAGUGUGAAAAACGGAAUUAUUCAUCCAUUUCCCUCCCUGCCAUUGGGACAGGAAAUGCCAAACAAGACCCAGAUAAGGUUGCUGACGCCAUACUAGAUGCCAUUGAAGACUUCAUCCAGAAAGGAGCAGCCCAGUCUGUGAAAAAAGUCAAAGUUGUUAUCUUUCUGCCUCAAAUGCUAAAUGCGUUUUAUGCCAGCAUGAAAAAAAGAGAAGGGUCUCAGGCUGCUCCUCAACAGUCUGUGUUUUCUAUACUUGCAUCCCUUUUCGGCUUUUCAAGGCAAUCUCCCAAAAAAAAGACUCCUUUGGUUUUGGAAGAGAAAACAGAAUCAGCAAUUUUUCAGGUGUGUGGUGAAAACACAAAAUGUGUGGAAAGUACUGUCCACUGGAUACAGGACCUAAUUCAAAAGGAACAGUUGCCUUAUGUCAGUGAAGAUGAGUGUAUCAAAGACUUUGAUGAAAAGGAAUUUCAGAAAUUGAAUGAACUGCAGAAGAAGUUAGAUAUUACCAUUUCCCUGGACCACAAGAAGCCUUUGAUUAAGGUUGUAGGGAUUAACAGAGACGUGAUACAGGCUAGAGAUGAGAUUGAGAACAUGAUGAAAAGAGUUCGACUGGACAAAGAACAGGAGUCCCGGGCAGAUUGUAUUCACGAAUUUAUAGAAUGGCAAUAUAAUGACAAUAACACUUUUCAUAGUUUUGACAAAAUGACCAACCUGCUUUUGGAGGAUGCAAAGAGAGCAAAGAGACCAACAGUUGUUGUCACAAUUAAUAAUAAGAGCUGCACAGUGGACUUGAACACAUACAUUGCCACAGAUGCAAGUGGAGACAAUUUUGCAAUUCAGCGCCUCACAAAAUCUGAAGUUGAAAUCCCUCCACACUGGACUGAUAUGAAGCAGAAGAAUUUGUGUGUGGUAGAGCUACAACCUACCCAUGCAGAAUACAUCACUGUGGCGAACAAGUUCAAUCAAACCUGCUCAAACUUCAAAAUAGAGAAGAUUGAGAGGAUCCAGAAUCCAGAUCUCUGGAAUAGCUACCAGGCAAAGAAAAAAAUCAUGGAUGCCAAGAAUGGCCAGACAAUAAAUGAGAAGCAACUCUUCCAUGGGACAGAGGCAACCUCAGUGCCACAUGUGAAUGGAAAUGGCUUUAACCGCAGCUAUGCUGGAAAGAAUGCAGUGGCAUAUGGAAAAGGAACCUAUUUUGCUGUCAAUGCCAGUUAUUCUGCCAGUGAUAUAUACUCCAAACCAGAUGGAAAUGGGAAAAAGCAUAUGUAUUAUGUGCGAGUACUUACUGGAGUUUACACAGUUGGAAAUCACUCAUUAAUCGUGCCUCCUUCAAAGAACUCCCAAAAUCCAACUGAUCUGUAUGACACUGUCACAGACAAUAUGCAAAAUCCAAGUUUAUUUGUGGUAUUUUAUGACUACCAAGCUUACCCAGAGUACCUCAUUACUUUUAGACAAUAACAUUUUGGGAUCUUUCC